AUGGAAUCGUUCAACUCAUUAAAUUUACGAGUUGGUGAAUGUUCGUUUUUAGAAACUGUCCUGAUUGACGUUAGACGUUUCAUCAAAAUUUUCGAUUCUGAAAACAAAAAGUUGGUAAUUGCUGCGUACAUUUAUUUAAUUUGAAUCGAUACAUUUACAUUAUUUGUUGUUUUAGACACGUCCUUGUAUUUCCUCCGCUAAGUGCACGCAAUCGUUUUUUGAUUCACAAUUUAGUACAGAAUUUUUUUAAUGAAUUGAAUACCAUAUCUAUUGGUAGUAGCUACGGAAGACGUACAGUCGUUUAUCAUUCUUCACUUAAACCAAUGUAAGUUGAAACAAUUUAAGAAUUAUUUUUAAACACGUUUUUAUCUUUUUAAUUUUUUUAAUGUAAUUCUUUAAUCACAUUAUUUAAUUUACACAAGUAGUUCUAGACAAUAACGAAUACCUAUUUUUAUAUUAAUUCACUAAUGAAAUUAUAACAGUAGAUAUGAAUAUCAAGUGCUACAGUAGAAUGUAUUGUGCAAUUUCACUUUUAGACUUGAUGAAUUAUUAAUUUUGGACUCUGUAUACCUUUGUAUUUUAAAUUUUUUAAUGUAUUUAGAUACAUUAUUAUACAAUACUUGAGAAUUUGCCAUCCAUUUCUUUCUAAUGGGCAAUAUAGUUCAUGUAUACAUAUUCAGAGUUUUUAAAUCUAGCCUUAAUAGACUCAAAACAACAAUUACUUCACCAAAUUAAAGAUGAAGUUUUAAUUGUACAAUUUUAUAUUUAGACAAAACAAACAAGGCCAGGUAAAUAUUAAAAAAAUCCCUAUGUGAAAACAUAGUAAUUAGUAAUGUAGUCUUUAAAUAAUUGUUGAAAAUGUGAAAUGGUUAUUGUUUACUGGUGGAAUUCUAAAAUCACAUUUUUGCGAUAUUGUCCACUGGCCAUUAGAAAGAAAGUGGUCGCAAAUGCUACUGUGACGAUCUCUUGAUUAGCUAUGUUCUUUAGAUUUAAUUUGAAUAAUGAUUUACAAAGUAAAGAAUACCUACCUAUCAAACCGAAUAACAUAUAUUUAUAAAGUUUUUUUAUUUAAGAAUUCUAAAGGCAUGUGUCAAUAAUCCACAUGUAUUUAUUUGCAGACAUAAUUUGUUUGUACAAUAAUAUUUUGAAUGUAUUACCAUGAUUUAUUUUUAAAUGUGUUUUUAGAAUAAAUCUUUGAUAACAUUUUUACACAAAUAAAUAAAAUAUUUAAUUUCAAUUUACCAAAACGUUUUUAAUCAAAUCAUUUUUUGUUUGCAAUCAUUUAAUAUCUUCUUCUCCUUUCCCUUUAUCCCAGCUAUUUGAGAUCUAUCACUCUUGUCCUAAACUUCCACUUGACCCAAUCUUCCAUUCGCAUACACUGGCUGUCCUUGAGUGUCUUCUAGUCAUUCUUAAACGCAUCCAACCACCUCUUUUUUGAUCUUCCUAUUUUUCUUUCUACGUUUAUUUUCAUAAGCCUCUGUUUUGUUUCUGAUUUCUCUUUCCUCAUAACAUAGCCAAACCAUCUCUAUUUUCUCUAAUUUUGCUAUUAUCAAAGUCAUGCUUAUGUUACCUUUUGUACCUUGUUUUUUAUCCUAUUUUCACAGAUCACUUCACUCAUCCACCUAAGUAUUCUCAUCUCAUCUCAUGAUACACUAAUUCUCUGUUCUAUUUUUCCAUCUACCACCUAAUACUCCAAACUAGGCUCCUAGGGGGUUUUAGGGGUUCAACCCCCUCCCGAAAAUUUUUUCUGAAUAUAUGCUUGCUCCAAACCAUUCAACAUAGUUGGCUUUACUACACUUUUGUAGAUCUUCUCCACUUUAUCCAACCACACUAUUUUCUAAAUUAUUUUUAAAUGGUUUAUUGUUGUUUAAAGUAAAUAAACUAUAUUAUUGUACACAUUUUAUUAACAAGUUAUUGGUAGUCUCCAAAUUAUUAUUAAAAAAUAACUAUAUUAUAUUUUGUGUUAAACAUAUAUUUAAAAUAAAGUGCAAAUUUGUAUAGAUUGUUAUAUUUAAAACAUUUUUAAAUUUUUAAAAAAUAAUUUGUUUUGUAGGCUUCGUGAAACAGAAUCAGAACAACCAAAUGAAAUUGUUGAUCAAAAAAAUAAUGAUAUGCAUCAAGCAUAUAGAACACCUAUUGAAAGGAAAGCACAAGAACAAUUAUUUAAAUCACUCAUGCCUGAAAAAAAAGGCAAACAAAUAUCAAGGUAUAUCAUAUUUAUAUACAUGUAUAUAUAUUAAUGUUACCUUUUAGUUUAUGUACUGAAGUUCAAUCGUGAUUUUUUUUCAGAGCUGCUGUCCGUACAAAAUCUAAAAGACCAGAUAUACCUAUUUAUAUUCCUCGUGCAAUGCGGGUAUUAGCUAAUAAUAUAGCUCCUAAUAUCAGCAAUACUGCUAAUAGUUUAAAUUCAACUUUAAUAACUAAACGCGAUACUGAUUGUAAAAUUCAAGAUGAAUCUAGUAGUACACCACCUUCAAAAGAAAGAAAAGGUUCAUUUCCACAAUUUAAUUUAAAUAAUACACAAAAUAAUUGUAAAUUAGAUUUACUUUUAUCUUUGGAAUCCUCCAAUGAAAUGUUAGUUGAUUGUUGUGAAAGUAACAAAGUUCAAAAUUCAUUUAAUAAUAUUUCACCUCGAAAUUCAUUAUCAUCAUCCUCUAGUGAUCUUUCAAAUUGUUUAAAUACAAAUGAAUGUAAUCCUAAUUCAUUUGUUCCAAACGAAAUAAUUAAACCAAAUAGUCCCGUGUUGAAGAAACAUGUAUUAGAUUCAUAUAUUAAAGAAAAGCCAAUGAAGAACUGUGAUAAUGUAUCAAUAUCCUUAAAUCUUCCAUGCUCGUCUGACAAUCUCAAUGAUACUUGUAGUAAAAAUUCUAAUCUUGAUAAAUCACCAGAUUCUAAAAUAUCAAAUAUUGACAAUACAGUUAAACCUAAUGUACUUAAACCUCGGUCAAUCAGACAAUCAAUGAUGUUAAAUGUGAUUGAUAAUACUGAAGAAACUGUUGUAGAAAACAUAGACAAGUCUGAAACACAGAAUAAUGAAAUAUGUUUAGGAAAUGAGUUAAUGUCUGAUUCACAAAAAUUAGAAAUAGAAUAUGAUUCCAAUUGCCCAAAUUUUUGCUUAGAUGAUAGUUUCGGUAGUGGACCAUUAUCAGAAAUAGAAGAAAAAAGUAUUAAAAGUGUAGAUGAGAAAUUAACUGUACAGGACAAUUCAGGGUUAGUAAAUAAGCCUUUAACUAGUUUUAAACAAAAUGUGCAACAGGAAAACAAAAAGAAAAAAGUUUUAGAUAUAGAUGAGUGUAGCUGGGAAGAUUUGUAUGAUAAAGAAGAUGAUUAUAUUCAUCCAAUACUUGUGAAAGAAGUAAGUUUUAAUACAUUUGAUUUUUUAGGUUAUUUUAAUUAAUCUAUUACUAGUCUCAAGAUUUUUUUUUAUGUAUGGUCGCACAGGGUAAAAAUUGCCACUACACAAAAUAUUUUAAAAUUAUUUCUUUAAAUUGCAAUUUUGUAAUUUAUAAAAUAUUCAUGAAUAAUUAUUAUUUUAUUAAUCUUAUAUAAAUGUGUUCUUGACACACGAGUGCAGUACACAUCAUAAUAGUUUUCGAUAAAUUAAUAUAAAUAUCAUAAUCGAAUAAUGGUAUAAUUUUGUUUAGUCAGAGUUAUAAACCCGUCUUACAGAUAAUGACGGAAAAAUACAUAUUUCACACUAAGAGAUUAUUUACCCUGUGAGACUAGUGACUGGUUAAAAAUAGUUACAAAUCAAAUAAUAAUAAGAAUUAUUAAAAUAAAUAUUUUCUACUUCAUUAAUAAUGAAAUUAUGAUAGGUAAUUAAACAUUCAAGUUUAUAUUUAAUGAAUCUCAAUUAUUGUGAUAGAAAUAUGAAUAAUUUAUUGUAAACUGUAUAUUAUAAUUUUUGUUUACAAAUAUUUGUCCAAACAUAUAAAACAUAUAUUUUCUGGGUAUCACUGAAAUUCUUCUUUUUUUUUUUUCACAAAUAUUGUAGUUUUAAAACGUAUGUUCAAAAUUGUCAUUGGCGCAUUAUUAAUUUAUAAUAAAGUAAAUGGUUGAUAUACAUUUGUUUUAUGAUUUACAAUGAUUAAUAAAUAAAUAUAAAGAAAUUAAUUUCAGCUAACCAAUAGUUGGUUUAAUAAUAAACCAAUAGUUUUGUAGUGCAUUUUUUUUUCAUUUUACAUUUGAAUUAUUUAUUAUUAUUAUUAUUUUUUAAUAAUGUGUAAUUUAAGAUAUUUAUAUUUUAUAGUGUAUAUAUUUUAUUUUAUUUUAGUUGUCUUCUGCGAUUGGGAAAGUACAGGUGCAAUGUACAAAAGAAGAUUAUCGAAGUCAUCAAACAGCUGAGGAACGCUCUGGCGAUGGAGAAUGUAUAAUUGAGGUUUAUGAUUUUUCUUCCGACCUUAAAACGGUUGAUUUAAUGAAUCAAUUUGCAGCAUUCCGUAAAAAUCAUUUUGAAAUUAUUUGGAUAAACGACACACAUGCAUUAGCAGUGUUUGAGAAUCCAAAUUUAGGUUGAAAUUUAUUUAAAAGUGUAUUUUAAGGUUUAUGUCUUAUUAUAUUUAAUAAAGAUAAUAUAUUAUAAUAAUUUUAUAGCUGACAGGGCACUGAACACACCAUUUGCACUUGUAAAGACCAGACCUCUUAAAAGAGCUAUUAGAGAAUCCAAAAUAAGAGCGGAGACUGUCUCUCCUCUUCCAGCAACUAGACCUAAGACUUGUACUGCAAUGGCGAGACGUCUAGUUGGCAGUGCUUUAGGAUUAAAAGUGAAUGUACCACAUCAUCGUUUAAAUGCUGAACGUACACUGUUAGCAGAUGCUAAAGGUAAAUUAAAUUGAUAAAUUAUUUCUAUGGUGCAAGAAGAGUAAUGUCAAAAAAAAUAAAACAGAAAAUGUAUUACAUAAUUAUGGACCUUACGUUAGAUUUUUGGUAAUACAUUUAUAAAUAUAAUAAGUAAAUAUAUAAAUUAAAAAAUGUAUGCAUAAAAAUAAAAAAUUAAUAAAUUAAUGAAUGUGUCACCGGGAGUAUUAUGAUAUGUGUAUUAUACGACUGGUUUUGAAUUAAAAAUUCAUCAUCAGGUAUAUCACAAAAUGUUAAAUGUGACCCUAUUAAUUUAUUUUUUAUUUCCAUAAAUACAUUUUUUAUUUAUAUAUUUAUUUAUUAUUUUUAUUUAUGAGUGUUAACCAUUUUAAUAAUUUUAUUUUUACUUUAUUAUUUUAUCAUAAUAUAUUUAUAAUUACCUUACUUCUAAUUUUAAAUUUAAUUUUUGAACAUUGGACCUUCUUGUAUCAAGCCAUAAUUUUAAAUUUAAUAAUAUUAAUUAAUUUUUAUGUUUAUACAUUUAUAUUUUUUAGAGAAAAAGAUCCGUGAUGCUCAACAAAAAACCGAUAUAUGGGAUAGUCUAUCAUAA